AUGUCUAAACGAGUGACUAUCUUCGAUCCCCCUGCGCAGGACCAUUCCAAGGCCCUGAUCGAGAAUGUCCUCGAUCUCACCCCGGUCGUGGACCUCGGUCCAGACGUCUUCACGAACACCCGACCCCUAUGGCAUCCCCCCGGAGCCCGCGGCAUUUACGGCGGUGCUGCGAUCGCACAAUCUCUAUCGGCCGCCAUGCGAACAGUCCCCGCCGACUACGCCGUCCACAGCAUGCACUGCUACUUCGUGCUAGCCGGAGACUCUGAAAUCCCCAUCCUAUACCACGUCGAGCGAGUGCGCGAUGGGCGCAGCUUUAUAACACGGACCGUACAAGCGCGCCAACGGGGCCGCCCCAUUUUCACAACCACGCUGAGCUUCAGCCGCGUAGGCAGUGGCGGCCAGAAAACCAUUCACCACCAGGCGACCAAGCCGAAUGUGAACCUACCCGAAGCCGAGCCGGGAAGCCUCCGCGCUCUCAGCAACGCGGGCGGGGGUCCUUUCGAGUCUCGGAAGGCGGGCAUUGUGAACCGUGAGUUUUGCUGGCAGGAUCGGUGCCGACGAGGUCAUGCUAAUCGUGCUUGUGUAGGUACAUCCGUCAACCCGGAAGAAAAGAAAGUCCGCCGAUACAUCCGGGCUCGUGGGCAUAUUUCCGAGGAGGGCGGCUACCAAGCUCAUCUCUCGGCGCUUGCCUACGUGACGGAUAGUUUCUUCAUUGGAUCUGUCGCCAUUGUUCACGAUAUACCUCGGUUCUCCUCCCCUGCCGAAUUGGAGAAGCUUCUUAGCGCCCUGAAGAACCCGUCCGAUCUGGACGACGAAGACAUUACGCGGGCUCUGAAGGAGCUUAAGGAAGAGGAAGCCGCGGACUUGCGCCGUCGCAUCGAAGGUGCGUUGGACAAGGCUGGCGGCGAGAACCAGGAGGAUCACAAGGAGGUGGGCAUGAUGGUCAGUCUUGACCACUCAAUCUACUUCCAUAACCCGUUGGCAUUCCGUGCCGAUGAAUGGAUGUUGACCGAGAUGGAGAGUCCUUGGGCUGGCGAGGGUCGAGGAUUGGCGAUCCAAAAGAUCUGGUCGAAAGACGGUGUUUUGAUUGCGACUUGUACGCAAGAGGGCGUUGUGCGAUUAAAGCAAGACCAGCCGCCAAAGCCGAAGAUCUAG